AUGACAUGCGCAACAUGUUGCGAUUGUCCUUGUCCACCAACGAUUUCAUUUGUUCGACGAUUAGGCUCGGCUUUAUUUUAUGGUGCUUGUUCAGGUUUAAUUACUAUUGUUAACAAACUUGUUCUUACAUCUUAUGAGUUUCCCUCAUUUCAACUGCUUGCUAUUGGACAGUUAACUGUUUCGAUUAUUGUACUAUAUGUAGCACGAUUCAUUGGUGUUAUACGUUUCCCUCAUUUCUCUGAAAAUGUUGUUAAUAAAAUUAUGCCAUUGCCAUUGUUAUUUUUUGGUAAUUUACUUUUUGGUCUUGCUGGUACCCAAGCUGUUAGUUUACCAAUGUUUACUGUUUUACGUCGUUUUUCAAUAUGGUUAACAAUGAUUGGUGAACAAAUAAUACUUCGACAAACGCAAUCUGUAACCGCACAAGCAAGUGUUUAUUUGAUGUUAGUUGGUGCUAUGAUUGCUGCUAGUGAUGAUUUAACUUUUAACUGGUUUGGAUAUGUUUUUCUUAUAAUGAAUAAUCUAUGUACAGCAGCACAAGGUAUUGUAACCAAACAAAAAUUAAUUAAUAAAGAAUUUAAUCAAUAUGGUCUUUUAUUCUAUAAUUCAUUUAUUGUACUUGGACCAGCAAUUGUUUUAGCUGGUUUUAGUGAUGAUCUUCAUAAAGUUUGGAAUUAUAAUCAUUAUAGAGAUAUUGGUUUUAUAUUUGCUUUUCUUCUAUCAUCAUUAAUGGGAUUUUUACUUAAUUAUUCAACAAUGCUUUGUACUAAUUAUAAUUCACCUUUAACAACAACAGUUGUUGGUGCUUGUAAAAAUAUGUUUGUAACAUAUUUAGGAAUGAUUAUUGGUGGUGAUUAUAUUUAUUCACAUAUGAAUUUUAUUGGUCUUAAUAUCAGUGUUAUUGGUAGUAUUAUUUAUUCUUGGGUAACAUUUGCUCGAAAAUCACCAACAACAUCAACAACACAUGGAAGUGGAUCAUCGAGUACAACAUUAGAUAAUCGAAAAAAUAUCCUAAUUGAGUUAGUAAUUGUAAUUUAUGGAAAUACAACACAAGAUCCACUGCCUACUUCAUUUAUGAGCUAUCCUAUUCAAUACAAAGACAUAAAUGUACAGAAUUGUGAAACAGCAACAACAGCUAUUAUUCCAGAAGAAAAACAAGUUCAACAACAACAGGAGGAGGAACAACACAAACCUCGUGAGUAUUUUAGAUCAACGUCUCAACUGUCUAGAAAUAAUUUUGUAUUUGAAUCUCCAACAUGUUCUAAUGGAGCUAUUGUUACUUCAUGUAAUAUCACUUCGGAUCAAUGUGCUAUGACUCAACCAUGUUUUAACUUGGCAACAUGCUAUCCAAAUGUUAGCAUGCCACUUGGUUAUGAAUGUUCCUGCGUUCUAGGUUUUUCUAGUGUAAAUUGUGAGGUCGAUGAACGUUCAUGUCGUCUUGGUUUAAGUUGUCUUAAUGGUGGCACAUGCCAUGGAGGUCAAUGUGUAUGUCCUACAGGUAAAAUAGGUGAUCAUUGUGAAUAUGAAGUCGAUACAUGUACAUUUGCUUGUGUUGCUAUUGGAUGUAUUGCAAGUGUUAUUGGUUUUGUUCUUAUUAUGGAUGCAUUAAAAUAUUUUUUUAAUAUUGAUCCAAUUGAUUAUGAUAUAAGUUCAUCGAAAAAAAAACAAAAUGAUCUUCGUCAAGAUGAAAAAAAAACGAAAAGAAAUUGA